CCAUCAACUAUGGCGAUAAGAGGUAGACGAAAGGCUAUUGUAAUGGAUCCAAAGAGUUGGAUGGUAUUUUCAGAAACAGGUGAAUCCAUCAUUGAGGAUCUCGACAAAUACACCAUUAUGCGACGAACAGGUUUACCGGCGCGUGAUCUUAGAGUUCUUGAUCCAACACUUUUUUACCCUUCUUCUAUUAUGGGACGAGAGAAAUCCAUUGUUGUUAACUUAGAACACAUUAAAGCAAUCAUCACUUCAAAUGAGGUGCUUAUAAUUAAUUCUUCUAGCCCUUUUUUUAUUUUGUUCCUUCAAGAUCUUCAAGCGCGUGUUCCUCGUUCUAAUAAUAUACAUAAGUUUACAUCGGUUGAUAAUGGCAUGGAUGGUGAAUGUGAAUCAAAAAAAAUAAUGGAGGAAGGGUCACCGUUGCUACAAAGUCGCAUUGAUUCUAUGAAUAUUGCAUCAAAGGAGAGUUUUGAGGAUGAUACAUUGAUUGAUGUAGCGGAAACGUCAGAUCAGAAGCCGUUACCGUUUGAGUUUAAAGCUCUUGAGACUUGUAUUGAAUCUGCAUGUGCAUGCCUUGAAUAUGAGAAUCAAAGAUUGGAAGAGGAGGCUUACCCAGCUUUAGAUGAAUUAGCCACACAAAUUAGUACUCUAAAUCUUGAACAUGUAAGGCAUAUCAAGAAUCGUUUGGUUGCACUUUCGGGUCGUGUGCAAAAGGUAGCAAAUCAGCUAGAAAACUUGUUAGAUGAUGAUAAUGACAUGGCUGAAAUGUACUUGACAAAAAAACUUGAUGAUUGUUUAGUAGAUCAAACAUCAUUAAAAAAAGGAUCCAAUUCAAAUAUUGCUGAAGAUAUAGAUGAAAGAUUCUACGAGUCUAAGCCUGAUGUUGAAGAAUUAGAGAUGCUUUUAGAAGCAUAUUUUGCACAGAUAAAUGGAAUUUCGCAAAGAAUGUCCAGUUUGAGUGAGUAUGUAGAUGAUACAGAGGACCACAUCAACAUAAUGUUGGAUGAUAAGCGAAAUCAACUACUACAAGUAACAAUAAUAUUCAGCACAACGAACGUGAUAAUGGCUGCAGGUAUUGCGGUUGUUGGAUUGUUUGGCAUGAACGUUCAUAUUGAUCUCUUUGAUGGACAACCUCGUCAAUUUUGGGCCACGGUUGGUGGCACAUUCUCAGGUUGUAUAUUAUUGCUCAUCAUUUCUAUUUGGUGGGGUAAAAAAAGAUAUAUUCUAUCUGAGUCAAAACAAAUCACUAAUAUAUGA